CGCAGUGCGCAUGCUCCAAGCGCGGCGCCCCCGACUCGGCGCUCGGCUCCGUUCGGGCAUUUCCGCCUCUUUGUUUUAAACUCCGGACGGGUUUUUUUCUCCGGCUCUUGGGGGGGACCAGGAGGCAGCGGCGCCCCCUCCCAUCCUUUCGCUGCCCCCGCGUGCGCCCCGCUCGUCCGCAGCCGAGACGGCAGCACAUAAAGGCACAGGCGUGUUCUGUGGGCCAGGCCCAGGCCACCGGGAGGCGGGGACACGGCCCGGACGGCACACCCGGCUGACGCCCCCGCGCCUUGUGUCUCUGCAGGCCUCAGGAUGUAGCGGAGGGUCCCUGGCCCCACGUCCAGAAAAUGGGAAGAGAGCACGGGACCGGAGGACGGCGCAGAGGUGAAGAAGACUCGGCGUGCGGACUGGCGCGGCUGCCCGCGAGCGACAGCGCCACGGCCGAAGCCUGAGCGCCGAUGCGGAGGCGGAGGGAGGGGCCGACAGCGUCUAGAGGAGAAGCCAAAGAUGUUGACCAGAAAGAUUAAACUCUGGGACAUAAACGCCCACAUCACCUGCCGCCUGUGCAGCGGGUACCUCAUCGACGCCACCACGGUGACCGAGUGUCUGCACACGUUCUGCCGCAGCUGCCUGGUCAAGUACCUGGAGGAGAACAACACCUGCCCCACAUGCCGGAUCGUCAUCCACCAGAGCCACCCGCUGCAGUACAUCGGCCAUGACAGGACCAUGCAGGACAUCGUGUACAAGCUGGUGCCCGGCCUGCAGGAAGCGGAAAUGAGAAAACAGAGGGAAUUCUACCACAAAUUGGGCAUGGAGGUGCCUGGAGACAUCAAGGGGGAGACUGGUUCUGCGAAGCAGCACUCAGACCCCCACCGGAACGGUGAAACCAAAGCGGACGAGAGCUGCAACAAGGAGGCGGCCGAGGAGAAGCAGGAGGAGGACAACGACUACCACCGGAGCGACGAGCAGGUGAGCAUCUGUCUGGAGUGCAACAGCAGCAAGCUGCGCGGCCUGAAGCGCAAGUGGAUCCGCUGCUCCGCCCAGGCCACCGUGCUGCACCUGAAGAAGUUCAUCGCCAAGAAGCUGAACCUCUCGUCCUUCAACGAGCUGGACAUCUUAUGCAACGAGGAAAUCCUGGGCAAGGACCACACGCUCAAGUUCGUGGUCGUCACGAGAUGGAGAUUCAAGAAGGCGCCGCUCCUGCUGCACUACAGACCCAAGAUGGACCUGCUGUGACGUGCGGCGGGCGCGGGACCCCGCGCUCGCAGAGGGGCCUCGGGUCCGGGGACCGGGCUUCUGAACAGAGUAUUUAUCACUUUUGUACGAGAGACUUCGCACUCAACGAGACACUACCAGCAGCACGGUGACCAGGCGGUGACACCCUCACAGGCGCCCGCACCGGCCUCCCCUCCAACGUGCGGCCCUGCCUGCCCCAGGCCUCAGGACCACGGCGUUUUGGUUUAGUCGAUGAAUUAGGUUUCAGGAUGAGCCUCAAAAAUACUUGUACGUGUGUUGAAUCCUCCCUAAGUUAUUGAAAAAAUAUCUUUUCAUGGUGAAUGACGAUAUUUAUGUUGCCUUUAGCUUCCUGAAGGCUUAGAAGAUCUAUAAAAAAUUAAUUUAAAAGCGUACCAAAAGAGGGUGCUGUUCGUAUUCCGAGUCCACCAUGGUGUUCAGCGUUCCUGCGGUGAGACCCCGCGCCGCCACUGCCGCGGGUCUCUCUGGCCCCCUUGUGCCCCGGCCCCGGCGGCCCCGGCGGCCCCGGCGGCCCCGGCGAGCCUGGGACCUGGCGCUGGUGUGCGGAGCAUCGUCGUGUUAGAGCUCUCCGCUGCUGUCAGACAGGGCCCAGCUAGUGGCCUUUCGGGUGGGGGCGCUUCAGCAGAGGAGGGGCUUGCGCCCGUGGGGACUCGGCAGACCCAGGUUCCCCACCACGUCUGUCCUCCCUUCAUGGGGGUGCAGCCCAGCCCUCCUCUCGUGCCCCCCGAUCGUGGGGGGGGUUCUCACCGCGCCUCACAGGGCGGGGCAACCGUGGCUCCAGUUGCUAACGACCUACAGCCAGCCACAGGUGACUCACAGUGUCUGACCCCCUUCUCCUCCUGAAUGUUAAUAUUUUUGUGGAAUUAGAGAAUAAACUUUUUGCCAGCACA